GAGAGAGCUGGAAAAUGGGAUCAAGGGAGCGAGAGUGAAGUGUAGAGAGACAGACACAGACUGAGUGGGACACAGGGUUGGGGUUCACUUGACCUUAAGGACAGAGGGUAGCUCCUCUUCUAGCCACGCACGCAAAUACAACCACACACACACACACACACACACACACACACACACACAGUGCUAGCAGGCAGAGGCAGUGAGCAAGCCAGCAGAGAGCCUGCCAACCAGCAGCCAUGACAGACACCGACUCUCUGAGUGAGGCGCUAAAGGCAAUCAGUGUGAGUACAGAGGUGAUUGAGGAGGAGCUCAAGCCUCAUUUGGACAUGAUGCUGGCUGCUCUGCUGGAAAAGAAAAAAGAUGCUGCUGUUGAGAUUGCCGGAAGUGGGAUUCUACCCAUAUUGGCACAGGCGUUACGGAGAAAAAGCAACUUGAGCUGCCAGGUGGCUCUGGUAGUGGCAGAGAUGGCCCGUGAAGCUGCAGUCCGGGAGCAGUGCAUCGAGGCUGGUCUGGUGGAAGUGCUGCUUCCCCAUCUGAACAGCAAUAACCAGGAGAUGCUGCUGAACACUGGCAGGGCCAUCGGACGCAUCUGCUUUGACAACUCAUACCAACAGGACCAGUUAGUCCAGAGUGGCGUAAUCCCCAGACUGGUGUCCAUAAUGAAGGAGUAUCCAGAGAAUGACCCGCUGGUUAAUGUGUGCCUGCUGGCCCUCUGUAACCUUGCUGACAUGGACUCGGCAAGGGGAGCCCUAGCAGAGCUGAAUGUGGCAGAUGUGCUGACAUUUCAGCUGAAACGGGCACCUGAUGCUGAACGCAGACACGUCAUCCUGGAAAUACUGGGCUCACUGGGUGAGAGCGAUACUCUGAAGCUGCAGUUUGCAGAGACUGGCGUACCUGAGGCUUUAUCAGAGAUGAUUCGGGAUCUUCAGGGAGGUUCUGACCCCCAUGACCUCUGCAGCAUCAAGAUCGCCUCCAACCUCAUAGUGUCCCUACUUUUAGGAGAUGAGUCUAUGCAGAAGUGUUUUGGUGAAGGAUCAGGUCUGGUGUAUCAGGAUGUUCUGUCCUGGCUGCAGAGCUCCAACACCCAGCUGCAGCUGUCUGGAGCCCUGGCUAUCGCCAACUUUGCUAGGAAUGACAGUAACUGUGUGAAGAUGCUGGACCUCGGGGUGGUUCCUUACAUUCUGACCUUGAUGGAACAGCAUGUUGAUGAAGGAGACGUGUCUGUUCAACACGCUGGACUGAGUGCAUUGAGAAACCUGGCUAUUCCAGCCACCAACAAAGUGCGGAUGCUGGAGGACGGAGUGACUGAGAGGAUAAAGACCCUGCUGCGCUCUGACAUGCCCCCAGUUCAGUUCAAACUGCUGGGUACACUACGUAUGAUGGUGGAUGGACAAGAGGAGGCAGCCUUGGUGCUGGGGAGAGAUGCCAUGCUGCUGACUCGGGUCAUGGAAUGGUGUGAAGCCAUAGACCAUGCAGGAGUUCAAGGAGAAGCCAGUCGCCUCUUGGCUGCCCUCAUCAGACACAGCCGCAGCCCUGAAGUUGUCCGUGCUGUAGCCCAAGCAGAUGGUGUUCGGCACCUUAUUUCUAUGGCAACAAGUGAACAUGUCAUCAUGCAGAACGAGGCCCUGGUUGCCCUGGCGAUAGCAUCUGCAAUUGACAUUGAGUCUAUGAAGGAUCCGUUUAGAGAGGCGGAGCUGUUGCCCAUGCUGAAGAAGAUGUUGGAGGAUCCUGUAGGUGCUGUUGAAGUCAAGUUCAGUGCCUUAGGUGUCAUCUGCAGCCUGGCUAACUCCAGUGUGAUGAAGGAAGAGCUGAACUCUGUGAAUAUGAAGGAAAGUGUCAGGAAACUGACAGAUCACAGCAGCAGCAAACUUGCCUCACAGGCCAGUUCCAUACUGACCGUUCUCAGUGACGCCAGCUAAACCAGCGCACCGAAACAACAAAGGAUCUCAUCCGCUGGAUGACUUUAUCCAGCUUAUUCAAUGGUUUACUUUGAUUCAAAUGAUCUUACUGCACACAUUCUGCUAAAUAGGGUUAAAUUGGUUUCUAAAGAUGUUACAUGCUUUGUGGCACUAAUUACUAUUUAAAGACAAGCACAAAUAAGACUCUACAUCCCCACUAGCAGCCCCCAGAGGCUGCAAUGUUCACAGAUGGAAUAAACAAUAUACUGUCAGAUUUCCAGAAAGCCUAACAGAAGUAGGGCUGAAUGUGUCAUGUUUGGUGUGAGUGUUAGCCUAAAGGAAAUGCCAUAAGGUUCAUUCAAUCCAGAGCAUGAAUGUGCUCAAUGUUUUCCAUGGCUGUCUACCCAGACAGAUUAUGACACAUCAUAUGCACACAGCUGACAUUUUGCACUGAGGGUGGUAUUAAAGGGAAGUUUGCAAAGUUUCCAAAAUGGGAACGGUGUACAGGGAGUAUGUUUGUAGGAAAUAUCCGAUGGGCUGACAGCAGCUUCUUUAAACUCCACAGGCAGGAGUAAACUGCUUCUGCAGAGUUACAUUUUACAAAACAAGUGACAUACUUUAUAACAUUUCAGGACUGUGCAGAAAAAUGAUUUGACUUAAAACAUUUUGAUUAAAUUUUAAUUCAUCCAGUUAUAAUUAAAUUCACUGACUAAGAUUGUUAAUCUAAAACUGAAUGUACAGUGCUUCAGGCUCACUUUGCAAAUGAGUGGUGUACGACUUACUUUAAUACUGAAGUACUUUUGACAGGCUGAAACCUGGUCGAGAUGACCAAAAACAUAUUCUGUCUCCAGGAUUUUGGCUACAUAACCAGCUUAUCAAUCACCAUCAAAGCACUUUAAAUCAGACUAUCCAGUCUGCCACUGCCAUUCUGAAUAGUGGAAUCAAACAAAACUGUUAAUAAAGUCACAUUAACCAGCAAUAAAUCUGCAGGCCAUGGCCCAGUGUUGUUGUAGAACCCCUUUGUUGUAUUGGAUAUUGUGUCUCUCAAAGGGUCCUGAGCUCCUGCAGUAUCAGCUGUACUGUACAGAAGCUGGGGGUGUCCACAUGAAUGUCUGUAGACUGUCUCUGUGCUAGCAGAUGUGAAUAAAAUUUUAAACAUGGUUUAAUGUGGUUUAAGACAAGGUAUAACAAAAACCUUAACCUAAAGGUGUUCUUAACAUCUGCACAUCAAAUUGAAGUGUUGUGAUCAUGACAUGUGUGAUGGAUGGCGGAGAUGAAAAAGAUGAGUAUGUUUAAGAAUUGCAAUCAUUCAGGUUACAGGACAAUUCAAGAUGGCUGUAUGGAGAAUUGUGUGAGGGAUAAGAAUACUGUUUGCUGGCCAUGUAGCACUACAGCCAUUAGAGUGGGAAUUACUUGAACUGGAUGAUAGCUAUUGGCUGACGUGAUAUGUCCAAAGUUGUCUCAUUAUUCAGGCACCAUUUAUGGCACAAUGAUAAACAACAAGAAGUGACAUGAAUAAAGACUUUAUCACGCUAUAAUAACACCACGUGUAAUUUGUUUUAAUGGCGGCAUUGAAAUUUGUCAGCUCAUUCAAACAGUCCCAAGCUGCUAGCUUUCUUAAACUCAUUUCACUUUAAACAUUUCAUCUGUCACAGAAGCUAAUUCACAGGGCCUACUGUAUGUGUGAACCAGUCCAACUCACACCCCAAACCAUGAAACAUUGUAAAGGUUUUCUGAUCUGACACCUUUAUCAGCAGGACAACAUUUCUGUUAGUGCUGGCUAAAUCCAGAAUACAAAAAGUAAUGUCAGCUCCUCUGGGUUUAGGCACCAAAUCAAUGACUUUGUUAGUGGUGAAACAUCAGCAUUGGACUUGAAAAACCAACUUGCUGUCAUAGACAUGGUUUAAAGAAGCUGCUGUGGUUUUUGGAAUUGGCUAAGAUUACAUGCAAAUGGAAUCGUACUCUAUCUAACCUGCAGCUGUGUUCACAUUAUACUUGAAAGCCUCACUGUUGUGCUGCAUGUGUGGGAUUACUGAGAAGAGUGGGGGAGUCUGGGAGAGAUACCUUGAAAAGAAGCAAACUGCAAAUGCUUAGCAUAAGGUUCUAAAUGUUCUAACCUAUCAUGUUGUAACCUGCUGAUGAAAUGACCUCAGAGACCAGGCGGUUAGAUCACUGCAGAGUCAGCCUCUGUUUUGGCCUCAAUGUGAUGAUGACUUGUUACUGUAUUCUAUUGUAUGCUACAUUCAGAAGUUUAACUUCCAGUCUUGCUGUAGUGAUACAGAAGUAUGCUCAACAAACAUUUGCAGUGAUGUUGGGUGUGGUCAGAGGUGUAACACAUCUGUACAUUCUGGACAAUCACAUACUUUCUGUUUGUCUGAUUUUAAGUUCCUCAUAUAUUUAAUUUGCAUCUUCACACAAGCACAAGCAGCAGCAGCCUUUAGACACUGGUUGCACUCACAAAUGUCAGUGCAGCUCAGGGUCAAUGUCAACAAACACUGUAAGAACCGCUGGCAGUGCUGUAUUACCACCAGGAAUACACAGUGUUGGAGUAUCUUUGCAAAAAACGAUUUUUUUAAGGAAUAAUGUGAAUACAACAGACUAGGAGGUGGGCUGCUAGAGAAGCACAAUGUUUGGAUGCCACGCAUACUGUACGACAUUAAGUGCAACCAUUAAACAUUUGUAUAUACAGUACACAAUAAUUCUGACACAAUACCUGUACAACAGUAACCUAGGAAAUUUAGUGUGAACUUGUAGUUGGGUAAUCAUAGGGAAAGGGUGACCAUGGGUGUGCUAUACAGUAAAGUGAAUAGUCUUUCACUGAGCAUUCUGUAAGGCAGCUGUUUUACCAUUAUGCUUCAUGUUACAUCUGUAUUGACUUAUCUUCUCUAUACAUACCUAAAUAUACAUAACUGUAUACAUAACUAAAUAUCACUUAAUAUUUGUGAAGAAAUCUGUUUCU